CUCGACAGAGUCGCAACGUCGUCCAGCCCUCCCAUGGCCAGCGGCAUGCGGCACUCGCCCGCACGGAGCUGGCUGCACCUCGUUCCGAGUUCUGUUCGGUGGACUGGGGACAAGGCAGCGACAUCUUGAAGAUCCAGAGGAAGGGCCUACCACUCGGGGUCCUGGAGAAAGCGAUGCCGCAUCUGAAGCCCGGCGGCCGCUGGUUCCCGACCCAGUGCAAGGCCCGGCACCGAGUGGCUUUAGUGGUGCCUUACCGGGACAGGAUCGACAACCUGCAAGCCUUCCUGCAACACAUGCACCCGUUCCUACAGAGACAGCAGCUGGACUACGGCAUAUACCUCGUGGAGCAGAACGGCACGGAAAAGUUCAACCGCGCAAAGCUGCUCAACGUGGGCUACGAGAUAGCCAAGGCGAUGGACGGCUACGAUUGCUUCAUCUUCCAUGACGUCGACCUGCUGCCGGAGAACAGACGCAACGAGUACGCCUGCAAGGACGGAGGCCCGCUCCACAUGUCUACCUGCCUCGACUACCGCAAAUACAAGCGCUACUACGAGACCAUCUUCGGAGGCGUCUGUGCCCUGCGCAGCGAGCACAUGGAGAAGGUCAACGGCUUCUCAAACAUGUUCGAAGGAUGGGGCGGCGAGGACGACGACAUGUCCAUCAGGCUGCGGUUUAGCGGCUUCAAUAUAGUGCGUAAUGACUGCACUGUCGGCCGGUACACCGCCCUCAAACAUGCCGACGGGCUCCAAAAUCCCGAACGGCAUCGGCUCUUGAGGCGCAGCUUCUUCCGCGUUUACAAGGACGGCCUCAACACCCUCAAGUACAGUGUGCUAGACAUUUUAUUCAAGAAGCUUUACACGCACGUCAUCGUGGACCUCUCUGCGCACACGGCGUCCAAGCCAAAAAAAAGAAAAGAAAAAUAAUGAAAGCACGAACAAGUGACCAACGCUAUAGGAAGGACGAGUGCAUACGAGCGAGGAUCUUGCAGCUUUUUGUCGACGAUUGUUUCGUUUGUUUAUUUUUUUUGCCCCUUAUAUCUGUGCGGUGAUACCCCUUUUAUCAUGCAUGAAUUAAGGCAUAUGCGCAAACGUUUUCGAUAUUAUUUAUUGUGCCAUCUUCAAUACAGCCAUAUUACGAGAAC